UUUCUCUUUCAGGCAUUCCAACAAACAUUUUCAAGAAAACCUCUUGUUUUUUACCUGACAUGGCCAGACCACAACAACGAUAUCGUGGUGUCCGACAGAGGCAUUGGGGUUCUUGGGUGUCUGAAAUUCGCCACCCUGUCUUGAAGACUAGGAUUUGGCUAGGAACAUUCGAAACGGCGGAAGACGCGGCCCGUGCCUACGACGAGGCCGCGAGGCUUAUGUGUGGACCGAGGACUAGAACAAACUUCCCUUACAACCUGAACGCACCUCGGUCAUCAUCCUCAAGCCUUCUCUCCGCUACUUUGACAGCUAAACUACAUAAAUGCUACUUGGCAUCGCUCGAAAUCGCCAAGAAGCAGUCGGUUCAGGAGCCGAAAAACAAGGCAUCGACUCCGCAUUUCACCGGCAUUAACCGUACUGUGAGAGACGGAAUGCCGGUGAAAGAGACGGAAGGCAAUUGGGUUUUGAAGAAUGCUCAAGUGGAAACCAACCAGCAGCAGUUCAAACCACUUGAAGAGGAUCACAUCGAGCAGAUGAUCGAGGAACUUCUGGACUAUGGUUCCAUUGAACUCUGCAAUGUUUAGAGAAUUCAACCCCUUGGCAUUGGCUAAUAUUAACUCAUUCUUCUUAGCAACAAUCU